AUGUUUACUAAAUGGAUUUCAAUAUCAAUAAUUUUACUAACAAUCUUUUGUCAUACUUGUAGAUCUUUAUUAUGGCCAGCUUCGUCUAAUUUGGGUCUGACUUUUUCGGUUUCGGUGCCCGUUUCAGAGUUCUAUCCAGAACGUCGUAUACUCACAGAUUGGUGUUUUGCCGUGUCCUAUACGUAUCCCAGCAAUUUAACAUCAUUCUAUAGUAUACCAAUCUGGCCUGGAUUUGCCAAUUAUCAUGCAAAGCGUGAAUUGCCACGUCUAGAUCAUACUGAAGAAAAUUUCUAUACCAAAUACGGACAUGAUCUAUUAAGUGGAUUACAUCCCAAAGACUUUUCAGCUGGUCAACUUUACGGCUUUUUGGAGGACACAUUGAUGGAUUAUGGCUUUCAUGAUACCUGUUUGCUGCGCAGUGUUUGCGAAUUGGCCCGUCAUCCCUUUGAUGACAACCAUCGGCAUAUGUUCAGCGAUAUUAUCACAUUUGUAUUGAGUCCUACACAGCACGAGGGUUUUUUGCCCACUGAGCAUGUAUACCAAAAGGUCUAUGAACAGGCUGAAAGCGAUGGCUUUCUGGGCAAAAACUGUCAGCAAUUGUAUUCAAUGUGUCGCCACGAUAUCUUAACACUAAUAAGUAAAGUAUUGGUUGACUAA